AUGAAAUAUGGACUUUGUUUCAUUAUCUGUAACCUGUUUUCAAAUAUACUUUUUCUCGCUAAUGCGGCUCACCACGGAGUCCAAGGGGGCAGAAGAUGCAAAGGCAAGGCAUAUUAUACGCUAACAUUUCAAGCAGAAUGGAGCAACGAGACGCAUCCGUCACCAGUAUUCCCACAGAAUGCAACGUUUUCACCACUUAUUGGAGGCACGCACAGUUCCACAUACGAAAUGUGGCGAAGAGGGCAAAACGCUUCGCUUGGCGUACAGCAAGUUGCCGAAACUGGUAAGUGAACAUUUUAUACUUAUUUAGGUGUUUGACUUUGCGAUUUACUACUCUAAUCUUCAAGCGGAAAGAGCGCUGGCGCCCAAUGGGUUAAGUAUCAUGCUUUUGGACUAAAUAUUCGGUUCAGCAAAACAAAUUUCUAGCACAUUUUGUGCUGUCGAUGGAGCAAAUACAAUUAUAGCCAAACCAGGAUCCAUGAAUCAGUAUAUUUAUGUCUGGAGUUGGCAACCAAGUGGUUUGGUAAUAUCUAAGGUUGAUCAAAGGACUGGAUAAAAGAGUUUUACUUUUUGUGCAGUUGAUGGUAAAAACAAAAUUAUUGGCAAUUAUUGCCAAUCUGCGUUCCAUAAUUGUAUAACAAAGGCUACUAAAAUGCUUAAUAUUUAAAGCUACUAUAUUCCGAUUAUUUAUGUCUGGGGUUAGUAUAUAUACCUGCAUAUUUGGUAGGGUGAUCGGCAUUUUAUCGACUCAAAGUUGAAAGAUUGCAGGAUAGAAUAAGAUUUGAGUGCUUUAUGUGCAGUUUGAUACAGAAUACUAUGUUAAUGAAUAAAUACCUGGAUGAUGAUUGUGUAAAAAACACGAUUUCCACCCCUAUUUGGGGUAGCACAAAAAUGGAACGCUGUUUUUAGUUUCAAUCGCUACUAACGCAGGUUCAAGUUUGGCAUCACCAAAUACCACAAAUGUAAUUUCGCAGAUAGUGCUGUUUUCUGAUGCUCGCGAGCAAUUUGACUGAUAGAGCACUCCACAUUCCAGAGUGAUUACGUUUGUAAUAAAGUCAUUAUACUUCCCUAAUAGUUUCUUAUUAUCCAUGUAAUGGUACAUAAAACUUAUUCUGGUCUAUUCAAAUUAGCAUGGCUUUCCGGGCUACUCCCCUUAGAACAUCACGCAAACAUACAUAUAAGGCACCCGUGAUAUGACGUGCACGUAUUACUUAUUAUACUUCUAUAAUUACACUUAUAUACACUAUGUCCUUCACUGAGUAGCAUUAUUGUUUUACGGUUUUGUUCAAUUGAGGCCAGAAGCGGUCAGUGUAUAAAAUCUUAGCUCAAAAAAGGACCUAGUUAAAUCGACAGAAAAUUUACAAUUUAGACCAGACUUUUUGUAUGCAUGUGCAAAAAUUCCCAUUUUCAAUUUUGAAUAUAUUUUUGCCAAUUUUAUAUAUAUCCACUAUUUUCGAAAACGGCUUCAGAAUAUCUGUCUAACAUACAAAACAUAUAACAAUAUAAAAAGUUUGAGAAUUUAAUUUUCACAAAAUAUGCGAGUCACCACAUCGUUUUUCUUAGCUACAAGCCAAAGUUAAAACAUCCGCCCAUUGUUUCCAUAAUAAUGACAUGCAGUUACGUAACUGUCGUUAUUUGUAUAGUCUUUGUACACAGUAAACGUAGUCUUAGAAAGAUGUUAAAAUACUCUUUGUAUUCUUUUUCAGCAAGCAAUAAUUGUCAUAAGUUCGGAUGUUAAUGAUAAAUUUUCCUCUUCUAAAAACAGAGCGGAGCUGUCAUUUUAAAUUCUGAAAAAGUGUUUGAGCUUGGUAUUACACCCUCUUACUUCGCUUACGAGUUACGGUCAUUUUCGCACUCGAGGCAACGUGCCAAAGACCUUAUGCAUGUUUAGUUAAGAACCCUGGAAAUCAUUUAUGAAAACUAUAGACUCGGUAUGGGGCAUUUUUGUGUCCAGUACAUCCGUUUCAGCGUGCAUAUAAAGAAGUCGUUGCAAAGAGACGUACAUGCGUGUUAUUAAGCAAUUAAUUCACAUUAUACCGUCUCAAACUCAUUAAUAAUUCAUAAGUAAAACAGCCAACCAUAUUGCCUUAUUUUGCUCGCAUGAUAAUACCGGAUACCUGAUGAAGUAUAUUGAUCCAGUCCUAAAACUGGAUCAAACUUAAUGCGGUCCUUAGCCUGGAUCAAAAUUAAAUCACCUCACUUUAAGCUAAGUGGUGAUAUAUUCGUACGAGAUGUCAUUUCAAAUACUUCAAUUCGGAUUGGACUAGAUUUCAAGUCCUCGUAUUUUGAUCCAGUCCUCGGCUUCGCCUCGACUUGAAAUAUAGUCCAGUCCUCAUAGUCAGAUUUGAAAUAUUACAUAUACCAUGCCAUCCCAUAUUAUACCAUAUUACACCAAUAAUACCAUGCCUUACUAUACCUUAAGAUUCCAUGCCACCAUAUACCAUAUCAUACACCAUAUCGCAUUUUUUGUCUUGACAUCUCUACCCCCAUAUUUAUUGUCUUAUUUAACAAAGCCUUAUUUCAAAGACUAAUAAAUAUCUUCUAACAUUACCUUCCCGCUCUUCAAUUGAUGAUUCCCUUUAUUACGUUUUCGUAGCGCUUUGCAUUGUCGUUAUAGUGGUAUCACUGAUAACGAUAGCGGCCUCGAAUGAAAAUAUUGAAUGUUUUCGCGAAUAUUUUGCUGUUGGCUAUCGCGCACCUGACCCCAGCUUUUUUUAAAAGUUCUUGCACGGCUCAGGACAAAAAAUAAGCCAUCUUAAAUAUCAGUGAUACCACAAUAACCACAAUGCAAAGCGCUACGAAAACGUAAUAAGGGGAAUCGUCAAUUGCCUACUUGGUACUACUUCUAUUUUUACAUUUAAGGAAACUUCAGUAUUCUUUACAAGGAACUGUACGGUCAACUUCGCUACGGAAAUGUGAAAUCAGUGAUCAAAGCCGAUGGUCCAACCAAGACACCAGGAAACACAACAUUGAUGGACAUUCAUGUUGAUGAAGAUCGUUCAUUAGUUUCGGUAAUAACAAUGAUCUUCCCAUCACCAGAUUGGUUCUUGGGAAUAUCAAAUGUUGAUAUGUGUAACCCAAUCACAGGAGAAUGGAGAGACGAAUAUUCCCGCGACUUGUUGCCCUACGAUUCUGGUACUGACGAUGGCACUUCGUUUGAAAGUCCAGACUCAGUGUCUGAUCCUCGAGGAAAUAUAACACUCAUCAGUAAAGAAGAUGAUACGAAUUUCAAGACCAAUUCCUCAAUCAUACGUCUUGGUACCUUCACUUUUACCAAAAUACCAACAAAGAAGUGCAAAGGAAAUGCUUAUUACUCUUUGACAUUUUAUGCAAAAUGGAGCAACGAGACACACCCGUCGCCAGUAUUCCCAGAGAAUGCAACAUUUUCACCACUUAUUGGAGCAACACAUAACAUGAACUACGAGAUGUGGCGUCGAGGAAAAAUGGCAUCACUCGGAGUUCAAACUGUCGCUGAGACAGGUAGAUAUUAUUUUCAGAUAUCAUAAAAACUUAUUUUCAAUUUUCUGCAAUUAAGUAAAGAAAUUGUUGAAAAGUAGUGUAAAUUAUUUUAGUUUGAUAUCUUGUGUUCGAGUAAGAUUUUCUUUUAUUUCAACUGAAUAAUUUUAAAAUCUUUCUUGUCUUUUACCAUUUCCAGUAUUCGUCAGAAUCAUGUUUCUUUUUCUGUUCAACGCACAAUUCGCACUUCUUUCUGAUUCUUCCGUAUAGUGUAACUCUUCCUUCUCCUAUUCUUAAGUUUCUCUCCAUUGGAAAAAUUCCUUUUAUGUUCACAAACAUGUUACAUACUAACUAUUUUUUCCGCCUUCUAUUUCAUAGGAGAUCCAAGUGUUCUUGCUAAAGAAAUCUACCGUCAACAUCGCUAUGGAAACGUUAAAUCGCGCAUCCGAGGAGAUGGUACCGUUCAAACUCCAGGAAACACAACAUUAAUGGAUAUUCAUGCGGAUGAAGAUCGUUCGUUAGUCUCUGUAAUAACCAUGAUCUUCCCAUCACCAGAUUGGUUCCUGGGAAUAUCAAAUGUUGAUAUGUGUAACCCAAUGACAGGAGAAUGGAGAGAAGAAUAUUCCCGCGACUUGCUGCCCUACGAUUCUGGUACUGACGAUGGCACUUCGUUCGAAAGUCCAAACUCAGCGUCUGAUCCACGAAAGAAUAUCUUCCUCAUAGGAAAUGAAGAUGAUACAAACUUCAGAAGUGAUUCUAAAAUUGAACCUCUCGGCACAUUCAAGUUCACGAAGGUGCCAACAAAGAAGUGCAAAGGAAAGGCUUAUUACUCUUUGACAUUUUAUGCAAAAUGGAGCAACGAGACACACCCGUCGCCAGUAUUCCCAGAAAAUGCAACAUUUUCACCACUUAUUGGAGCAACACAUAACAUGAACUACGAGAUGUGGCGUCGAGGAAAAAUGGCAUCCCUCGGAGUUCAAACCGUCGCCGAGACAGGUAGAUAUUAUUUUCAGACAUCAUAAAAACUUAUUUUUUAAUUUUCUGCAGUUUAAUAAAUAAAGAAAAUGUUGAAUUGUUGUGUCGAUUAUUUUAGUUUGAUACCUUGUGUUGGAGUAACAUUUUUUUAUCAACAAAGUUUAAAAAUCUUUCUAGUCUUUCCGCAUUUCAAGUAUUCACUAGAAUCAUGUUUCGUUUUCUGUUCAAUGCAAAACUGUCACAUCUUUCCAAAUCUUUCGUAUAGUGUAACUCUUUCUUCUCCUCUUCUUAAGUUUUUCUCCAUUGGAAACAUUUCCUUUUUUUGUUCACCAACAUGAUACGUACAAAAUAUUUUUCCGCCUUCUAUUUCAUAGGAGAUCCAAGUGUUCUUGCUAAAGAAAUCUACCGUCAACAUCGCUAUGGAAACGUUAAAUCGCGCAUUCGAGGAGAUGGUACCGUUCAAACACCAGGAAACACAACAUUGAUGGAUAUUCAUGUUGAUGAAGAUCGCUCUUUAGUGUCUGUAAUAACCAUGAUAUUCCCAUCACCAGAUUGGUUCCUGGGAAUAUCGAAUGUUGACAUGUGUAAUCCAAUGACAGGAGAAUGGAGAGAAGAAUAUUCCCGCGACUUGUUGCCCUAUGAUUCAGGUACAGAUAAUGGCACUUCGUUUGAAAGCCGAAAUUCGGCUUCUGAUCCACGAAAGAAUAUCUUCCUCAUAGGAAAUGAAGAUGAUACUAACUUCAAAAGUGAUUCUAAAAUUGAACCUCUCGGCACAUUCAAGUUCACGAAGGUGCCAACAAAGAAGUGCAAAGGAAAGGCUUAUUAUUCUUUGACAUUUUAUGCAAAAUGGAGCAACGAGACACAUCCGUCGCAAGUAUUCCCAGAGAAUGCCACAUUCUCACCACUUAUUGGAGCAACACAUAACAUGAACUACGAGAUGUGGCGUCGAGGUAAAAUGGCAUCACUCGGAGUUCAAACUGUCGCAGAGACAGGUAGAUAUUAUUUUUUGAUAUCAUAAAAACUUAUUUUUUAAUUUUCUGCAGUUAAAUAAUGAAAUUGUUUAAUUGUUGUGUCAAUUAUUUUAGUUUGAUACCUUGUGUUGGAGUAAGAUUUUCUUUUUUAUCACCUAAAGAGUUUUAAAAUCGUUCUUGUCUUUCACGCAUUUCCAGUAUUUUUAAGAAUCAUGUUUCGUUUUCUGUUCAAUGCAAAACUGUUAUUUCUUUCCUUUCAUUCCUAUACUGUAACUCCUUCUUCUCCUCUUCUUAUCUUUCCCCACGGUGGAAACAUUUUCUUUUCAUGUUCACAAACACGUUACAUACUAAGUAUUUUUCCGUCUUCUAUUUCAUAGGAAAUCCAAGUGUUCUUGCUAAAGAAAUAUACCGCCAACAUCGCUAUGGAAACGUCAAAUCGCGCAUCCGAGGAGAUGGUACCGUUCAAACUCCAGGAAAUACAUCAUUAAUGGAUAUUCAUGUUGAUGAAGAUCGCUCUUUAGUGUCUGUAAUAACCAUGAUCUUUCCAUCACCAGAUUGGUUCCUGGGAAUAUCGAAUGUUGAUAUGUGUAAUCCAAUGACAGGAGAAUGGAGAGAAGAAUAUUCCCGCGACUUAUUGCCCUACGAUUCUGGUACUGACGAUGGCACUUCGUUUGAAAGUCCAAACUCAGCGUCUGAUCCACGAAAGAAUAUCUUCCUCAUAGGAAAUGAAGAUGAUACAAACUUCAAAAGCGAUUCUAAAAUUGAACCUCUCGGAACAUUCAAGUUCAGGAAGGUGCCAACAAAGAAGUGCAAAGGAAAGGCUUAUUAUACUUUGACAUUUUAUGCAAAAUGGAGCAACGAGACACAUCCGUCGCCAGUAUUCCCAGAGAAUGCAACAUUCUCACCACUUAUUGGAGCAACACAUAACAUGUACUACGAGAUGUGGCGUCGAGGAAAAAUGGCAUCACUCGGAGUUCAAACUGUCGCAGAGACAGGUAGAUAUUAUUUUCUGAUAUCAUCAAAACUUAUUUUUUAAUUUUCUGCAGUUAAAUAAUGAAAUUGUUUAAUUGUUGUGUGAAUUAUUUUAGUUUGAUACCUUGUGUUGGAGUAAGAUUUUCUUUUUUAUCAACUAAAUAGUUUUAAAAUCUUUCUUGUCUUUCACGCAUUUCCAGUAUUUUUAAGAAUCAUGUUUCGUUUUCUGUUCAAUGCAAAACUGUCAUUUCUUUCCUUUCAUUCCUAUAGUGUAACUGUUUCUUAUCCUCUCCUUAUCUUUCCCCACGGUGGAAACAUUUUCUUUUCAUGUUCACAAACACGUUACAUACUAAGUAUUUUUCCGCCUUCUAUUUCAUAGGAAAUCCAAGUGUUCUUGCUAAAGAAAUAUACCGCCAACAUCGCUAUGGAAACGUCAAAUCGCGCAUCCGAGGAGAUGGUACCGUUCAAACUCCAGGGAACACGACAUUGAUGGAUAUUCAUGUUGAUCAAGAUCGUUCGUUAGUUUCUGUAAUAACAAUGAUCUUCCCAUCACCAGAUUGGUUCCUGGGAAUAUCAAAUGUUGAUAUGUGUAACCCAAUGACAGGAGAAUGGAGAGAAGAAUAUUCCCGCGACUUGUUGCCGUACGAUUCUGGUACUGACGAUGGCACUUCGUUUGAAAGUCCAGAUUCAGAGUCUGAUCCACGAAAGAAUAUCUUCCUCAUAGGAAAUGAAGAUGAUACUAACUUCAAAAGUGAUUCUAAAAUUGAACCUCUCGGCACAUUCAAGUUCACGAAGGUGCCAACAAAGAAGUGCAAAGGAAAGGCUUAUUAUUCUUUGACAUUUUAUGCAAAAUGGAGCAACGAGACACACCCGUCACCAGUAUUUCCAGAGAAUGCAACAUUUUCACCACUUAUUGGAGCAACACAUAACAUGAACUACGAGAUGUGGCGUAGAGGAAAAAUGGCAUCACUCGGAGUUCAAACCGUCGCCGAGACAGGUAGAUAUUAUUUUCAGAUAUCAUAAAAUCUUUUUGUUAAUUUUCUGCAGUUUAAUAAAUAAAGAAAAUGUUGAAUUGUUGUGUCGAUUAUUUUAGUUUGAUAUCUUGUGUUGGAGUAACAUUUUUUUAUCAACAAAGUUUAAAAAUCUUUCUAGUCUUUCCGCAUUUCAAGUAUUCACUAGAAUCAUGUUUCGUUUUCUGUUCAAUGCAAAACUGUCACAUCUUUCCAAAUCUUUCGUAUAGUGUAACUCUUUCUUCUCCUCUUCUUAAGUUUCUCUCCAUUGGAAACACUUCCUUUUUUUGUUCACCAACAUGUUACAUACUAAAUAUUUUUCCGCCUUCUAUUUCAUAGGAGAUCCAAGCGUUCUUGCUAAAGAAAUCUACCGUCAACAUCGCUAUGGAAACGUUAAAUCGCGCAUUCGAGGAGAUGGUACCGUUCAAACACCAGGAAACACAACAUUAAUGGAUAUUCACGUUGAUGAAGAUCGCUCUUUAGUGUCUGUAAUAACCAUGAUCUUCCCAUCACCAGAUUGGUUCCUGGGAAUAUCAAAUGUUGAUAUGUGUAACCCAAUGACAGGAGAAUGGAGAGAAGAAUAUUCCCGCGACUUGCUGCCCUACGAUUCUGGUACUGACGAUGGCACUUCGUUCGAAAGUCCAAACUCAGCGUCUGAUCCACGAAAGAAUAUUUUCCUCAUAGGAAAUGAAGAUGAUACAAACUUCAAAAGUGAUUCUAAAAUUGAACCUCUCGGCACAUUCAAGUUCACGAAGGUGCCAACAAAGAAGUGCAAAGGAAAGGCUUAUUAUUCUUUGACAUUUUAUGCAAAAUGGAGCAACGAGACACAUCCGUCGCCAGUAUUCCCAGAGAAUGCAACAUUCUCACCACUUAUUGGAGCAACACAUAACAUGAACUACGAGAUGUGGCGUCGAGGAAGAAUGGCAUCACUCGGAGUUCAAACUGUCGCAGAGACAGGUAGAUAUUAUUUUCAGAUGUCAUAAAAACUUAUUUUUUAAUUUUCUGCAUUUAAAUAAUGAAAUUGUUUAAUUGUUGUGUCAAUUAUUUUAGUUUGAUACCUUGUGUUGGAGUAAGAUUUUCUUUUUAUCAACUAAAGAGUUUUAAAAUCGUUCUUGUCUUUCACGCAUUUCCAGUAUUUUUAAGAAUCAUGUUUCGUUUUCUGUUCAAUGCAAAACUGUCAAUUCUUUCCUUUUCAUUCCUAUAGUGGAACUGUUUCUUAUCCUCUCCUUAUCUUUCCACACGGUGGAAACAUUUUCUUUUCAUUUUCACAAACACGUUACAUACUAAGUAUUUUUCCGUCUUCUAUUUCAUAGGAAAUCCAAGUGUUCUUGCUAAAGAAAUAUACCGUCAACAUCGCUAUGGAAACGUCAAAUCGCGCAUCCGAGGAGAUGGCACCGUUCAAACUCCAGGAAACACAACAUUAAUGGAUAUUCAUGUUGAUGAAGAUCGCUCUUUAGUGUCUGUAAUAACCAUGAUCUUCCCAUCACCAGAUUGGUUCCUGGGAAUAUCAAAUGUUGAUAUGUGUAACACAAUGACAGGAGAAUGGAGAGAAGAAUAUUCCCGCGACUUGUUGCCGUACGAUUCUGGCACUGACGAUGGCACUUCGUUUGAAAGUCCAGACUCAGUGUCUGAUCCACGGAAGAAUAUCUUCCUCAUAGGAAAUGAAGAUGAUACAAACUUCAAUAGUGAUUCUAAAAUUGAACCUCUCGGCACAUUCAAGUUCACGAAGGUGCCAACAAAGAAGUGCAAAGGAAAGGCUUAUUACUCUUUGACAUUUUAUGCAAAAUGGAGCAAUGUAACACAUCCGUCGCCAGUAUUCCCAGAGAAUGCAACAUUUUCACCACUUAUUGGAGCAACACAUAAUACGUACUACGAGAUGUGGCGUCGGGGAAAAAUGGCAUCACCUGGAGUUAAAACAGUCGCCGAGACAGGUAGGUACUAUUUUCAUUUUUAGAACCUCAAUUUUAAUUUCCUAGGGAAAAAAAAAUGUUUGAAUUGUUGUAUGAAUUUUGUCAGUUUUAUAUCUUGUGUGAUAGUAAAAUGAUCUUUUUGUUCCACUCCAAUAAUUUUAUAAUGUUUAUUGUUUUUCAAGCUUUUGCCACUAUUCUUAAUUAAGAACCAUGUUUAAUUUUUUUCCUGUUCCGUAUAACAAUGCUCGCUUCUUUCCAUUUCUUUCAUGCACUGGGACACUUUCUUGUCUUUUUCUCAUGUUCCUCUUGGUUUGAAAACAAUUCUGCUUCAUGUUCACAAACAUGGUUAUAUCUGCUAAAUCUAUUUUCACGUUUCAUUUCAUAGGAGAUCCAAGUGUUCUUGCUAAAGAAAUCUACCGUCAAAAUUGCUAUGGAAACGUUAAAUCGCCCAUCCGAGGAAAUAGUCCCGUUCAAACACCAGGAAACACAUCAUUAAUGGAUAUUCAUGUUGAUGAAGACCGCUCAUUAGUCUCUGUAAUAACAAUGAUCUUCCCAUCACCAGAUUGGUUCUUGGGAAUAUCGAAUGUUGAUAUGUGUAACCCAAUGACAGGAGAAUGGAGAGAAGAAUAUUCCCGCGACUUGUUGCCGUACGAUUCUGGUACUGACGAUGGCACUUCGUUUGAAAGUCCAGACUCAGCGUCUGAUCCACGAAAGAAUAUCUUCCUCAUUGGAAAUGAAGAUGAUACUAACUUCAAAAGUGAUUCUGAAAUUGAACCUCUCGGCACAUUCAAGUUCACGAAGGUGACAACAAAGAAGUGCAAAGGAAAGGCUUAUUAUUCUUUAAAAUUUGAUGCAGAAUGGAGCAAUGAGACACAUCCGUCACCAGUAUUCCCAAAGCAUGCUAAGUUCUCAACACUUAUUGGAGCCACUCAUAACAUGUACUACGAGAUGUGGCGUCGAGGGAGAAUGGCAUCACCUGGAGUACGAAAUGUGGCUGAAACAGGUAAAGACUGAAAUUGCUUACAGUUUUCCUUUGGAGAAACACCACAUUGGGGGAGUACCAGAACCAUUAUUUACCUGCCGGAACUGGGUCAAGAAAAAACUGUGUCCGGAAUGGGUACUGCAUUUUUUAACCGUCUGUGAUUAUAUCCUGCUUUGUCUGCUGUCAACUUCAUAAAAAUAGAAAAUAUUUCCAUGGUAGUAUGUCGAUAUAAAUUCGAGUGCUCUGUGCCAUGGUAGGUAAUGUCAAUAACACCAGAAAACUGCAGAUUCAGAGGGAUUUGACAACCUGAAAACAGCAAGUAAAACUUCGACGUUUCGAGCGAAACCCUUCGUUGGGAAGAGCCUUUGUUGGAAAUGUCGACGUUUUACUUGAAUGGUCCCACAACACCAUACAAAUUCCAAUCGUUUUCGAUAUAAUGGAAAUUAAAUGCCCCAUGAUGUUUUUUUUCUAUUUUGGUUGUUUUUCACGAUUCCUUUCUCUUUAGCUUACUUUCACUUUUUUCAUCUUCUGUUUCUUCCCAACUUUUCCAGGUAGUGAAUGCUUACUCGAAAGAGAAAUCCUGAAACAGAAACGUUAUGGUAAUGCUUACUCACUCAUCAAAGCAACUGGUCAACUCAUGACACCGGGAAGAAGAAAAUUAUUCAACAUUCAUGUUGAUGAAGAUCGUUCCAUGGUUUCCCUUAUAUCAAUGAUCUUCCCAUCACCAGAUUGGUUCCUGGGAAUAUCAAAUGUUGAUAUGUGUAAUCCAGUAACAGGAAAAUGGAGAGAAAGUUUACAAAGAUGUCUAUUUCCAUACGAUUCAGGAACUGACGAUGGCACUUCGUUUGAAAGUCCAGACUCCCCUACAAAGCCCAGAAAGAAUAUUUUCCUCAUCGGAAAAGAAGAUGAUACUAACUUCAAAAGCGAUUCUAAAAUUCAACCAUUAGGAAGAUUCACGAUCACGAAGGCGCCACCAAAGAAGUGCAAAGGAAAGGCUUAUUACUCUUUGACAUUUUAUGCAAAAUGGAGCAACGAGACACAUCCGUCACCAGUAUUCCCCCCAAAUGCAACAUUUUCACCACUUAUUGGAGCAACACAUAACAUGUACUACGAGAUGUGGCGUCGGGGGAAAAUGGCAUCACUUGGAGUUCAAACUGUCGCUGAGACAGGUAGAUAUUUUUUGAGAUAUUAGAAAAGCUUAAUUUUCUCCAUAUUUUUGUAUUUAAGUUGAGAAACCUCUUACUUGUUCUACCAUUUUUUAUCAUAUUUAUAUCUCGCGAUAUGAAAAUUAUCUUUUUCGAUGGAGCAAAUAAUUCACAAAUUUUUCUUUUCUUUAGUUAAAGGAUUUUCCAGUUUUCUAAAGACCCAUGUUUCUUCUUUUAUUGGAUAUGCCAAUUUCUUUCCAAUUCUUUCAUUCCCUGCGACUCUUUCGUGUUUUCUUCUGAUAUUACAUUCGUCAUGGUUUGAAAACAAUUCAUCUUGAUGUUCACAGAGAUGGUUACAUAUUAAAUAUUUUUUUCACUUACUAUUUCGUAGGAGAUCCAAGUGUUCUUGCUAAAGAAAUCUACCGUCAACAUCGCUAUGGAAACGUAAAAUCGCCCAUCCGAGGAGAUGGUACCGUUCAAACUCCAGGACACACAACAUUGAUGGAUAUUCAUGUUGAUGAAGAUCGUUCAUUAGUUUCUGUAAUAACCAUGAUCUUCCCAUCACCAGAUUGGUUCCUGGGAAUAUCAAAUGUUGAUAUGUGUAACCCAAUGACAGGAGAAUGGAGAGAAGAAUAUUCCCGCGACUUGUUGCCGUACGAUUCUGGUACUGACGAUGGAACUUCGUUUGAAAGUCCAGACUCAGCGUCUAAUCCACGAAAGAAUAUCUUCCUCAUAGGAAAUGAAGAUGAUACAAACUUCAAAAGUGAUUCUAAAAUUGAACCUCUCGGGACAUUCAAGUUCACGAAGGUGCAAACAAAGAAGUGCAAAGGAAAGGCUUAUUACUCUUUGACAUUUUAUGCAAAAUGGAGCAAUGAGACACACCCGUCGCCAGUAUUCCCAGAAAAUGCAACAUUUUCACCACUUAUUGGAGCAACACAUAACAUGUACUACGAGAUGUGGCGUCGGGGGAAAAUGGCAUCACUUGGAGUUCAAACUGUCGCUGAGACAGGUAGAUACUUUUUUAAGACAUUAGAAAAGCUUAAUAUUUUCCACUUUUUUAUUAAAGUUAAAAAAUCUCUUACUUGUUCUAACAUUUUUUACAUAUUCAUAGCUUACAAGAUAUAAAAAUUAUCUUUUUCGAUGGAACAAAUUACUAAAAAUGUUUUCUUCCUUUGAAGAUUUUCCAGUUUUCUUAAGACUCAUGUUUCUUCGUCUAUUGCAAAUACCAAUGCUACUUUCUUUCCAUUCCUCUCAUGCCUGGCGAAUCGUUCGUGUUUUCCUCUGAUAUUGCUCAUGGUUUGAAAACAAUUCCUCUCAAUGUUCCCAAACAUGGUAACAUGUUAAAUAUUUUUUUCACUUACUAUUUCGUAGGAGAUCCAAGUGUUCUUGCUAAAGAAAUCGACCGUCAACAUCGCUAUGGAAACGUUAAAUCGCCCAUCCGAGGAGAUGGAACCGUUCAAACACCAGGAAACACAACAUUGAUGGAUAUUCAUGUUGAUCAAGAUCGUUCGUUAGUUUCUGUAAUAACAAUGAUCUUCCCAUCGCCAGAUUGGUUCCUGGGAAUAUCAAAUGUUGAUAUGUGUAAUCCAAUGACCGGAAAAUGGAGAGAAGAAUAUUCCCGCGACUUGUUGCCGUACGAUUCUGGCACUGACGAUGGCACUUCGUUUGGUAGUCCAGACUCAGCGUCUGAUCCACGAAAGAAUAUCUUCCUCAUAGGAAACGAAGAUGAUACAAACUUCAAAAGUGAUUCUAAAAUUGAACCUCUCGGGACAUUCAAGUUCACGAAGGUGCCAACAAAGAAGUGCAAAGGAAAGGCUUAUUACUCUUUGACAUUUUACGCAAAAUGGAGCAACGAGACACACCCGUCGCCAGUAUUUCCAGAGAAUGCAACAUUUUCACCACUUAUUGGAGCAACACAUAACAUGUACUACGAGAUGUGGCGUCGGGGGAAAAUGGCAUCACUUGGAGUUCAAACAGUCGCUGAGACAGGUAGAUAUUUUUUAGGAUAUUAGAAAAGCAUAAUUCUCUCCCCUUUCUUGAUUUAAGUUAAGAAAUUUCUUUGUUUUUCUAACAUUCUUUCCAUAUUCAUAUCUUGCAAGAUAUGAGAGUUAUCGUUUUUGAUGGAUGAAAUAAUUUACAAUUUGUUUUGAAGGAUUUUCCAGUUUUCAAAGACUCAUGUUUCUUCUUCUAUUGGAUAUGCCUAUUUUCGUGCAAUUUCUUUCUAAUUCCUUUAUGCCCUGCGACCCUUUCGUGUUUUCUUGUUAUAUUCCUCAUGGUUUGAGAAUAAUUCCUGUUCAUGUUCAUGUUCACGUUCACGUUCACGUUCACGUUCACAAACAUGCUUACAUAUUAAAUACUUUUUUCACUUACUAUUUCGUAGGAGAUCCAAGUGUUCUUGCUAAAGAAAUCUACCGUCAACAUCGCUAUGGAAACGUUAAAUCGCCCAUCCGAGGAGAUGGUACCGUUCAAACACCAGGAAACACAACAUUGAUGGAUAUUCAUGUUGAUCAAGAUCGUUCGUUAGUUUCUGUAAUAACCAUGAUCUUCCCAUCACCAGAUUGGUUCCUGGGAAUAUCAAAUGUUGAUAUGUGUAAUCCAAUGACCGGAGAAUGGAGAGAAGAAUAUUCCCGCGACUUGUUGCCCUACGAUUCUGGUACUGACGAUGGCACUUCGUUUGAAAGUCCAGACUCAGCGUCUGAUCCACGAAAGAAUAUCUUCCUCAUAGGAAAUGAAGAUGAUACAAACUUCAAAAGCGAAUCUAAAAUUGAACCAUUAGGAACAUUCAAGUUCAUGAAGGUACCACCAAAGAAGUGCAAAGGAAAGGCGUAUUACUCUUUGACAUUUUAUGCAAAAUGGAGCAACGAGACACACCCAUCGCCAGUAUUUCCAGAGAAUGCAGUAUUUUCACCACUUAUUGGAGCGACACAUAACAUGUACUACGAGAUGUGGCGUCGGGGGAAAAUGGCAUCACUUGGAGUUCAAACAGUUGCUGAGACAGGUAGAUAUUUUUUAAAAUAUUAGAAAAGCUAAAUUUUUCCCACUUUUUUGUAUUUAAGUUAAGAAAUCUCUUACUUGUUCUAACAUUUUUUUUCCAUAUUCAUAUAUUUCAAGAUAUUGGAAUAAUCGUUUUCGAUAGAUCAAAUAAUUUACAAAUUUGUUUUCUCUUACAUGGAUUUUUCAUUUUUCUUAAGACUCAUGUUUCUUCGUCUAUUGGAUAUGCCAAUUCGUUUCCAAUUCUUUCAUGUUCUGCGACUCUUUCGUGUUUUCUUAUCAUAUUUCUCAUGGAUUGAAAACAGUUCAUUUUGAUGUUCACAAGCAUGGUUACAUAUUGAAUAUUUUUCACUUACUAUUUCGUAGGAGAUCCAAGUGUUCUUGCUAAAGAAAUCUACCGUCAUCAUCGCUAUGGAAACGUCAAAUCGCCCAUCCAAGGAGAUGGCACCGUUCAAACACCAGGAAACACAACUUUGGCGGAUAUUCAUGUUGAUGAAGAUCGUUCGUUAGUUUCUGUAAUAACCAUGAUCUUCCCAUCACCAGAUUGGUUCUUGGGAAUAUCAAAUGUUGACAUGUGCAACCCAAUGACUGGGGAAUGGAGAGAAGAAUAUUCCCGCGACUUGCUUCCCUACGAUUCUGGCACUGACGAUGGAACUUCGUUUGAAAGUCCAGACUCAGCGUCCGAUCCACGAAAGAAUAUCUUCCUCAUAGGAAAUGAAGAUGAUACGAACUUCAAAAGUGAUUCUGAAAUUGAACCUCUCGGAACAUUCAAGUUCACGAAGGUGCCAACAAAGAAGUGCAAAGGAAAGGCUUAUUACUCUUUGACAUUUUAUGCAAAAUGGAGCAACGAGACACACCCGUCGCCAGUAUUUCCGGAGAAUGCAACAUUUUCACCACUUAUUGGGGCAACACAUAACAUAUACUACGAAAUGUGGCGUCGAGGGAAAAUGGCAUCACUCGGAGUUCAAACUGUCGCUGAGACAGGUAGAUAUUUUUUGGAGAUAUUAUCAAAGCUUAAUUUUCCCCACUUUUUGUAUUUAAGCUGACAAAUCUCUUACUUGUUCUAACAUUUUUCUCCAUAUUCAUAUGCAGCAAGAUAUGAGAACUAUUUUUUUCGAUGGUACAAACAAUUUACAAAGUUUUCUUUUCUUUAGUUAAAAAAGAUUUUCCAGUUUUCAAGAGACCCGUGUUUCUUCUUCUAUUGCACAUGCCAAUUUUCUUUCCAAUUCUUUCAUGCCCUGAAACUUUUUCGUGUUUUCUUCUUUAUUCCUCAUUGUUUGAAAACAACUACUAUUUAUUUUCACAGAGAAGGUUACAUAUUACAUUGUUUUCACACUGACUAUUUCGUAGGAAAUCCACGUGUUCUUGCUAAAGAAAUCUACCGUCAACAUCGCUAUGGAAACGUUAAAUCACCCAUCCAAGGAAAUGGAACAGUUCAAACACCAGGAGACACAACAUUGACGGAUAUUCAUGUUGAUGAAGAUCGCUCUUUAGUUUCUGUAAUAACCAUGAUCUUCCCAUCACCAGAUUGGUUCCUGGGAAUAUCAAAUGUUGAUAUGUGUAACACAAUGACCGGAGAAUGGAGAGAAGAAUAUUCCCGCGACUUGCUGCCCUACGAUUCUGGUACUGACGAUGGCACUUCGUUUGAAAGUCCAGACUCAGCGUCUGAUCCACGAAAGAAUAUCUUCCUCAUAGGAAAUGAAGACGAUACUAACUUCAAAAGUGAUUCUAAAAUUGAACCUCUAGGGACAUUCAAGUUCACGAAGGUACCAACAAAGAAGUGCAAAGGAAAGGCUUAUUACUCUUUGACAUUUUACGCAAAAUGGAGCAACGAGACACAUCCGUCGCCAGUAUUCCCAGAGAACGCAACAUUUUCACCACUUAUUGGAGCAACACAUAACAUGUACUACGAGAUGUGGCGUCGGGGGAAAAUGGCAUCACUUGGAGUUCAAACAGUCGCUGAGACAGGUAGAUAUUUUUUAAAAUAUUAGGAAAGCUUAAUUUUCUCCACUUUCUUGUAUUUAAGUUAAGAAAUCCCUUACUUGUUCUAACAUUUACUCCAUAUCCAUAUCUUGCAAUUGAGAACCAUCUUUUUUGAUGGACCAAAUAAUUUACAAAUUUUUCUUUUCUUUGAAGGAUUUUCCAGUUUUCUAAGGACUCAUGUUUCUUCUUUUAUUCGAUAUGCUAAUUUCUUUCCAAUUCUUCCAUGCCCUGCGACUCUUCCUUGUGUUUUCUUGUUAUAUUCCUCAUGGUUUAAAAAGAAUUCAUCUUGACGUUCACAAACAUGCUUACAUAUUAAAUAUUUUCUUCACUGACUAUUUCGUAGGAAAUCCAAGUGUUCUUGCUAACGAAAUCUAUCGUCAACAUCGCUAUGGAAACGUUAAAUCGCCCAUUCAAGGGAAUGGGACCGUUCAAACACCAGGAAACACAACAUUGAUGGAUAUUCAUGUUGAUGAAGAUCGUUCUUUAGUGUCUGUAAUAACCAUGAUAUUCCCAUCGCCAGAUUGGUUCCUGGGAAUAUCUAAUGUUGAUAUGUGUAAUCCAAUGACCGGAAAAUGGAGGGAAGAAUAUUCCCGCGACUUGCUACCGUACGAUUCUGGCACUGACGAUGGCACUUCGUUUGGUAGUCCAGACUCAGCGUCUAAUCCACGAAAGAAUAUCUUCCUCAUAGGAAAUGAAGAUAAUACAAACUUCAAAAGUGAUUCUAAAAUUGAACCUCUCGGAACAUUUAAGUUCACGAAGGUGCCAACAAAGAAGUGCAAAGGAAAGGCUUAUUACUCUUUGACAUUUUAUGCAAAAUGGAGCAACGAGACACAUCCGUCGCCAGAAUUCCCAGAGAAUGCAACAUUUUCACCACUUAUUGGAGCAACACAUAACAUGUACUACGAGAUGUGGCGUCGGGGGAAAAUGGCAUCACUUGGAGUUCAAACAGUCGCUGAGACAGGUAGAUAUUUUUUGAGAUAUUAGAAAAGUUUAAUUUCCCCCACUUUUUUGUAUUUAGGUUAAGAAAUCUCUUACUUGUUUAAAAUUUAUUCCAUAAUUCAUAUAUUGCAAGUUAUGAGAAAUAUCGUUUUCGAUGGACCAAAUAAUUUACAAAUUUUUCUUUUCUUUGAAAGAUUUUCCAGUUUUCUAAAGACUUAUGUUUCUUCUUUUAUUCGAUAUGCCAAUUUCUUUCCAAUUCUUCCAUGCCCUGCGACUCUUCCUUGUGUUUUCUUGUUAUAUUCCUCAUAGUUUAAAAAGAAUUCAUCUUGACGUUCACAAACAUGCUUAUAUAUUAAAUAUUUUCUUCACUGACUAUUUCGUAGGAAAUCCAAGUGUUCUUGCUAACGAAAUCUACCGUCAACAUCGCUAUGGAAACGUUAAAUCGCCCAUCCAAGGGAAUGGGACCGUUCAAACACCAGGAAACACAACAUUGAUGGAUAUUCAUGUUGAUGAAGAUCGUUCUUUAGUGUCUGUAAUAACCAUGAUAUUCCCAUCGCCAGAUUGGUUCCUGGGAAUAUCAAAUGUUGAUAUGUGUAAUCCAAUGACCGGAAAAUGGAGGGAAGAAUAUUCCCGCGACUUGUUGCCGUACGAUUCUGGCACUGACGAUGGCACUUCGUUUGGUAGUCCAGACUCAGCGUCUAACCCACGAAAGAAUAUCUUCCUCAUAGGAAAUGAAGAUAAUACAAACUUCAAAAGUGAUUCUAAAAUUGAACCUCUCGGAACAUUUAAGUUCACGAAGGUGCCAACAAAGAAGUGCAAAGGAAAGGCUUAUUACUCUUUGACAUUUUAUGCAAAAUGGAGCAACGAGACACAUCCGUCGCCAGAAUUCCCAGAGAAUGCAACAUUUUCACCACUUAUUGGAGCAACACAUAACAUGUACUACGAGAUGUGGCGUCGGGGGAAAAUGGCAUCACUUGGAGUUCAAACAGUCGCUGAGACAGGUAGAUAUUUUUUGAGAUAUUAGAAAAGUUUAAUUUCCCCCACUUUUUUGUAUUUAGGUUAAGAAAUCUCUUACUUGUUCAAAAUUUAUUCCAUAUUCAUAUAUUGCAAGUUAUGAGAAAUAUCGUUUUCGAUGGACCAAAUAAUUUACAACUUUUUCUUUUCUUUGAAGGAUUUUCCAGUUUUCUAAAGACUUAUGUUUCUUCUUUUAUUGGAUAUGCCAAUUUCUUUCUAAUUCUUUCAUGCCCUGCGACUCUUCCUUGUGUUUUCUUGUUAUAUUCCUCAUGGUUUAAAAAGAAUUCAUCUUGACGUUCACAAACAUGCUUACAUAUUAAAUAUUUUCUUCACUGACUAUUUCGUAGGAAAUCCAAGUGUUCUUGCUAACGAAAUCUAUCGUCAACAUCGCUAUGGAAACGUUAAAUCGCCCAUCCAAGGGAAUGGGACCGUUGAAACACCAGGGAAAACAACAUUGAUGGAUAUUCAUGUUGAUGAAGAUCGUUCUUUAGUGUCUGUAAUAACCAUGAUAUUCCCAUCGCCAGAUUGGUUCCUGGGAAUAUCAAAUGUUGAUAUGUGUAAUCCAAUGACCGGAAAAUGGAGAGAAGAAUAUUCCCGCGACUUGUUGCCGUACGAUUCUGGCACUGACGAUGGCACUUCGUUUGGUAGUCCAGACUCAGCGUCUAAUCCACGAAAGAAUAUCUUCCUCAUAGGAAAUGAAGAUAAUACAAACUUCAAAAGUGAUUCUAAAAUUGAACCUCUCGGAACAUUUAAGUUCACGAAGGUGCCAACAAAGAAAUGCAAAGGAAAGGCUUAUUACUCUUUGACAUUUUAUGCAAAAUGGAGCAACGAGACACAUCCGUCGCCAGAAUUCCCAGAAAAUGCAACAUUUUCACCACUUAUUGGAGCAACACAUAACAUGUACUACGAGAUGUGGCGUCGGGGGAAAAUGGCAUCACUUGGAGUUCAAACAGUCGCUGAGACAGGUAGACAUUUUUUGAGAUAUUAGCAAAGCUUAAUGUUUUCCCCUGAUUGUAUUUAAGCUGAGAAAUGUCUUACUUGUUCCAAAUCGUUUUUCCAUAUUCAUAUGCAGCAAGAUAUGAGAAUUAUCUUUUUUUACAAAUUUUUCUUUUCUCUGAAGGAUUUUCCAGUUUUCUUAAGACUUGUGUUUCUUCUUCUAUUGGAUAUGCCAUUUCUUUCCAAUUCUUUUAUGCCCUGAGACUUUUUCGUGUUUUCUUGUUAUAUUUCUCAUUGUUUGAAAACAAUUCCUCUUGAUUUUCACAGAGAUGGUUGCACAUUCAAUUUUUUAAAAUUAUUAUUUCGUAGGAGAUCCACGUGUUCUUGGUAAAGAAAUCUACCGUCAACAUCGCUAUGGCAACGUUAAAUCAUCCAUCCAAGGAAAUGGAACAGUUCAAACACCAGGAAACACAACAUUGACGGAUAUUCAUGUCGAUGAAGAUCGUUCGUUAGUUUCUGUAAUAACCAUGAUUUUCCCAUCACCAGAUUGGUUCCUGGGAAUAUCAAAUGUUGAUAUGUGUAACGCAAUGACCGGAGAAUGGAGAGAAGAAUAUUCCCGCGACUUGUUGCCGUACGAUUCUGGCACUGACGAUGGCACUUCGUUUCAAAGUCCAGACUCGGCGUCUAAUCCUCGGAAGAAUAUCUUCCUCAUAGGAAAUGAAGAUGAUACAAACUUCAAAAGUGAUUCAAAAAUUGAACCUCUCGGGACAUUCAAGUUCACGAAGGUACCAACAAAGAAGUGCAAAGGAAAGGCUUAUUACUCUGUGACAUUUUAUGCAAAAUGGAGCAAUGAGACACACCCGUCGCCAGUAUUCCCCCAAAAUGCAACAUUUUCACCACUUAUUGGAGCAACACAUAACAUGUACUACGAGAUGUGGCGUCGGGGAAAAAUGGCAUCACUUGGAGUUCAACUUGUCGCUGAGACAGGUAAAUAUACUUCGUGAUUUAUUAAUACAUUAUUACAUAUAUUAUUCCGGUUGUUUUCCAAGGAUUGUUAAUUUUACUAAUGAUGAAGAAUUAUCAAACGUAGCCACCUGCGCAGGAAUCUCGUGGUUCACUUAUAUCAAACCGAAGUUAGUGUUAUCGAAGGCUGAGAUUGGUUACGAAAACCGAAGCGAUAAUUGUUUUAGUAUUAAUUAUUUAUUUGGAAGAUGAAACAGCGGACGAUUGUAGGAAGCAAUUUUUGUUGUGACAAAUUUGUCACUCUUUUGGCAGUUGUGAUUGGCAUGACGUCAUUGUAUUUGAUGUUAUUUUUCAUAUCGUGACGUGACUCUGUUUAAUAUUAGUAACUUUAUUUUUCAUAUUUAUGUUUAAUAUUAUGUCAAAACUCCAUAUUUGAUACGCUAUUGAAAAUUGAAUAGCAAUAAUAAUGAUCUAAAUUUCAUUUUCUGACAGCAGAUGUGGGUAGAUAUUUAAAUAUGUCAAUCGGAAUAAGAGAACUAAAAUAUUUCUGAUAAGAUGGUGAAAGUCUACCAUAAAGUCUAACUUUUGUCUUACUCAAAUUUUAUGGUUGAUUAAAGGAUUAAUAUGUCUUUGCAAUGUAGUUAGUAAGGUUUAGUUGUAAAAUGACGCAUUGAUCUUGUAUAAUAAGCCCUGUUUAUUUCCAUUCCGUAACCAUGCCGCCUUUUAUUCUGUUCUUGGAAAGCGUAACCAUUUAUACCGGCCGCAGGUAUUCUGUGUUUCGUCUUAACAUGAUUCAUGACUUCUCUUUCAUUCUUAACAGGGAAUGCGACUAUCCUUGCCAAUGAGAUUUAUCGUCAAAAACGAUAUGGAAAUGUGUUUUCACAAUUCAGAGCCACAGGUCCAACAAAGACGCCAGGGAUGAUUAACUUUACCAAAAUCACUGUGAAUGAAACACAUUCGUUGAUGUCGCUGAUCACAAUGAUUUUCCCGUCUCCUGAUUGGUUCCUGGGGAUUUCAAAUAUGGACAUGUGUAACAAAAUCACAGGAGAAUGGCGAAAGAACUACACAAGAGAUUUAUUACCAUAUGAUUCUGGAACGGACGAUGGAACUUCAUUUGAAAGUCCGGAUUCAGCAACAAAUCCAAGAAAGAAUAUUUUCCUUAUUGGUAAGGAUGAUGAGACGAAUUUCAAGAGUGACUCGGAUAUCAAACGUCUGGGAGUGUUAGUUAUAGAAAGAGUUGAAGAAAAUGAUGACAAUAAUAAUGGUGAUAAUAAUGGUGGAAAUGGUGAUAAUGAUGAUGAUGGUGACAAUAAUGGUGAUGAUGGUGAUGAUGGUGACAAUAAUGGUGGAAAUGGUGGAAAUGGUGGUGAUGAUGAUAACAAUGUCAAUACUGGUGACAAUAAUGGUGGAAAUGGUGGUGAUGAUGAUAACAAUGUCAAUACUGCAUCUACAUUCACUAGAAAUUCUAUUCUGGUCGCCAUUACUACUGUCCUAAUUAUGUUCAUUAUACAAGUUUAGGUGAAUAGUCCUAAUUAAUUGUGGUAAUUAAUAAUAACUUUAAUAGAAAAUAAACAUCUUCUAACAAAUGAAGUGAACUGAUAACAUACAGAUUUUUUAUACAAGGAUGGUCAAAUGAGUUAUACUGCGAGCCUACAACACACUAAAGACAUGAUAGAUGCCAAGUUCACAUUGCCGAACAUCACUUGUUCAUGACAGUUACGAACAAACGGAGACCAGGAUUAAUGUCCGGUGAACUGAACAUCGAAAAAUGGAUUGGUUUUGUUAUCUUUCUUAAAUUGUAAUUUAUAUAUAAUGGAGUGAUGUAAACUAAUAAAAAAUAUUUCAGAACCAUCCUCAUGCAGAGAUACGAAAAACCAGUUUCAUAUUAUUCUGACACUGCAAUCGACCAACGAAAAAUUCGUUGGCUCGAGCGGGAUUUGAACUCGC